GGUUGUGAAGUCACCAGUCUCUGUUUUCAGCUCAUGUUUUGAAUUGUCAAAGAUAUCAGAAUAUUUGUCUUACAUUCAUCUGCAUUUACUUUUUCUGCACAAAGACAGAACAAGCUAAUUAGAAUACUGACCGCCCCACACAUCACUUAUGAACACCAAGGGGUAAACAUGGCUCAUGCAGGAGAAGGUGAACCACACGAAUGUAUCCCCAGGGCAGAAGCAGAAGAACAGAUAAGACCAGGUUUGAGCAGCAUUCCAUUAAAUAACCCCCAGCUAACUCUGUUCUGUGAUGGUUGCUGUUUUAAAACUGAUUCAGGCAGGCUUGUAGCCAGUUACGCCAUUGUGGAGCAAACUGAUAAGGGGUAUGAAGUAAAGGAACAGCAGGUGUUGCAAGACAGACCAUCAGCACAGCGAGCAGAGUUAUUGGCCCUUGUGAGAGCCUUGCACAUGGCCAAGGAUAAAACUGUAAAUAUCUAUUCAGACUCAGCAUAUGCAGUAGGGGCAGCCACAUCUGAACUGACUGGUUGGGCAAGGGUGGGGUUUGUAACAUCUUCUGGGAAACCCAUAAAACAUGCACAAGAAGCUUCUGAUUUGUUAGAGUCAAUUAUGUUGCCACGUGAGGUAGCAAUAAUUAAGUGUGCAGCCCACACCAAAGGAAAAGAUCCUGUUUCAUUAGGAAACGAGGCCGCAGAUGCUGCUGCUAAAAGGGUGGCAGGGUACAAACCAUUGCAGAUGACUGUAACUGCAGUUGACGAGCUAAAUCAAAUUGACGGACAUCUGACCACAAGUUUUUUAUCUAAAGAACAAAGUUUGGCUGCAGCUGAGGAAAUUUCAGUAUGGUUAGAAAAGGGAGGAAGAAAAGAUUCCCAGACAGGACUAUGGGUUGGCCCUACUGGUAGACCAAUUAUGCCUGCAAGUUUAGCAGAAAAAGUCCUGACAGAAGCCCACUCUCUGGCUCACAGCAGUGAGAAGGACAUGACUAAACGAGUGUCCCAAUGGUGGCACCCCUUCAUGCCACACAUGAUAAGCGGAGUAAUAGCCUCUUUUCAAACAUGUGCAGAGUUCAAUGUCAAGCCAACCUCCAAACCCACUGCAGGGCAUUUCCCCACAGAUAGGGGUCCAGGGUGUACGGUGGUCAUGGAUUUCACUGACAUGAUUAGUAGAGUGAACGGAAAAAGGUAUCUGCUGGUUCUGGUAGACCAAUUCACUGGUUGGCCAGAGGCUUUCCCAUGCGCCAGAGAAGAUGCAGUCUCUGUGGUAAAAUGUUUAAUCAACCAAUACAUUCCAAGACAUGGGUUCCCUCGUUCAAUUAGGUCAGACAAUGGCACUCACUUCAAGAAUGAACAUUUGGCGGAUGUAGAAAAAAUGUUAGGUUUAAAACAUCGGUAUGGAGCUGUAUACCACCCACAAAGUCAGGGAAAGGUAGAGCGCCUUAAUCUAACACUAAAAAACAAGCUGGCUAAAAUUUGUCACAACUCCAAAUUGAAUUGGGUAGAUGCACUUCCCAUUGCACUAAUGUCAGUACGAUGUUCUAUUAAUCGAACUACAGGGUUCACUCCAUUUGAAUUAGCAACAGGGAGACAAUUCCCAGGCCCAUGGGCACCGUUGCAUGGUGGGGACACUGACUCACCACAAAUAUAUCAUGACAAAGUAUGUGCUGUGAUUAACAUGUUCUCUCCGCAGAAAAAUUGGCCAACAGAGAGUGAAGCAGCUAGGCCUGCAGAAAACACAACACUGUGGACAGGACUUUGGCGGAUGUCAGAGUUGACCUCAGGAGAGGUCAAAGAGAGGGAGGCAGUGGCACUGGCAGUGGCACUGGCACUAAGGAACGCACUGAGGAGCCAGAAAGAGAGGGAGAAGGCGGGGAAGCAAGCGGACAACCAGACACAGAAAACCACAGAACACAGCUAAGCGCAACUCCUGUAUUUAAAAUCCUACAAAGAACUGGAGACCUGCUUCAGACACCAGAACACAUUCCCAUUGCACAUUGUAUAAGUGCUGAUUAUGCACUGGGAGCUGGGGUAGCUAAACAAAUUAGAGACAAGUACGGUGUAGAAGAAUUGGACACUACAGUCGCCCAACCAGGGGACUGUAUCAAAACUACACACGGUCCACGACAAAUUUACCAUCUAGUAACCAAGUGGUGGUGUAGGGACCUACCCACCUACGAGCAUCUUGAGGCUAGUUUGGCAAAAUUGUGUUACCAGUGUAAGAGGGAUCAGAACAAAAUAUUGGCGAUACCAAAAUUAGGGUGUGGAUUAGACAAAUUAGACUACACCAAAGUAAAAGAAAUAAUUGAGAAAGUAUUUAAAGAGGGCCACAUUCAGGUAAUUCUCCUAACAAAAUGAAUAAAAUAAACAAAUUGGUGGUGGCCUGGGGAGUAAUGUUGGUGGUAAUCCUAUGGGUAAUCUGCCAUAUGGAAUUCGGAGGGACAACAAAGGAAAAACGGAGUGUAAAAGAAGGGGGGGGAACAGGGGUGCGUAUCACCUUAGAAAGGGAAAAGGGAAAGGAUGGGAUGUGGCAGUUUGAUCUUUGUCAAGUGAUAGAUUGUGGGAAGGACCAAUUGGCAUGGAGAGGGUAUGAUGUGUAUGGGUGUUUGUGGCCCACUACCACCAUGCCUCCAAACGGUCCCUGGUGUCAUACUUGGCAUGAUGUAAAUUGGAAAACAGCUCCAGGAUUCACUAAAAAUCUUUUGAAAAAUAGUCCUUUAGCCAAGGCAGACAGCAUCCAAAAUCGACUUAGGUUGUUUAGGGGGUAUCAACAUGGUUGGGGAGGCUGGAAAAACACGUUGAUUAUAUCACUAAAAAAUGGCAAUGAUAAAACUGACACAUACAUCACUCUAGGGGUAGACGUAACAGGAAAAGACCCGCUGGGAUUGAUAAAAAUUUCCAUUAAAAAGCCUGAAACCACAGGGGCGCCAAUAAUCACAGACCUAACCAAAGAGAAGAAGAAAGUAAUACAGAGCACUGAUUAUAGCAGAUUGACUCCACUUGAUCUGAUGACACUGGAGACAGGCUAUCACGAAACAAACUUAUGGUUAGAAUGGGUAACAAGCGCAGCUGAGGAAUUAGGGUUUGAGGGGUGCCUAGCUUGUGCAGCAGGAAGGCCACAGUUAAAUACUGAACCCGCCACAUUACAUGAUCAUGAUAGCUGGGGGUACGAGUGUAUGUUAAAACUAACCAAAGAGAAAAAUCCCACAAACUGUACUGUAUUCAGUAAACUGUACCCCCCAACUGGAAAUGAAUCAUCUAUGGGAGUCUCAUUGAUAAGAAGAAAGGGCAAUUAUACCUGUUUCAAUUUAACUACCUCCAGUGCGUCCAAAAUAUUAGUGGGAGCGUUUAAAAGGGAAUGGUGUGGACAGGUGAUUCAGGAAGGUCAUGGCAAACUAGGGGGAUGGGGCAGAGUGGGUUUGUAUUACGCGUGUGGAGAAAAGGUGAUAUUGGCUA